AUGAAAAACACCACCAAGUUUAGGUUGGAUGGCAAUCAUGUGACAUUUAAAAAGCCACUAGUUUCUUUAACUACUCUGAAAGAGUUGAGGACUCUACCAAAUGACAAAAGAAGGUACUUGAAAAUGUAUAAGUUAUUUUUCAAGUUAAGGAACAUAAUAGAUGUAAAGGAAUUUAACACUUCUACCUAUCAAAGUAUAAUACGAAGGUCAUUUAAGUAUCAUGAUUUCAACAGUCGGCGCGGAGUAUUCUUAAAUGCUCAACCAGAGAGUAAAGAAGUUAUAUUUGAGAGAAUGGUUAAUACGUUGGCGUUCGUUUUCAAUUCUACAGUGGAGAUAGAACACCCCAAAAAAGAGGUUCUAUUCUUUCAAGAUUUGGUUCUACCAGAAAGAACUGAAAAGUCUAUUAUUCUGACUAUUUUGACGAUGGACACUCAGAAGCCAGAUUCCAUAAAGUACGAUUUUCAUUAUGAGUGGGUAGCCUCCUUAGGUAAAAGAGUUUCCCUUAUAGACAUUAGUGCUGCGAAUAAAAGUGAUAAAGGAUUUUUGAGACAGAAUAUGACUUUGAUUGGAUUUAGGCAAUACGAAACGGAUCUAAUGCGCUUAAACGAAUGCUACAAAUUGUGCCUUUAA